UGAGCCAUUUCUCCCACCCUGUCAUUAUUAUUGGUUCCAGUAUGGAGAAGUGAGCUAGUUUUACAUUGUGUUAAUAGGUAGCUGGGCUGGGCUGUGGAGUCAGAGUACCACAACCAGUAGAGCUUGGAAACGCAGCUUUGUUUCAGACCUGCACAAGGAGUGGUCACUCAUACUUUUAUUUGUCCCACAACCAGUAAGCAUACUGCAGCAUUAUUCCUGCCCUGCAGCUCACUCUAGGAUGCAGAUCCAAAGCUUUAUCCCCUUUUAACCAUCUUAUACAGCCCCAGUAGCAGGACCUGUGGAUCUGGCUGUUCUGAGCCAAGGGAGCAAUCUGGAAAGGGUUCCCAGAGAAAAAGACCCAAGGAGCCUAUGGAUUUCUUGGUCACCCAGUGGACUCCAGGUGGUCAGGAAAAAGGACCACUGUGACUUUUGUAGCUGCAGGACUUUCCCAUGACUGAGAAACUGUCUUGGGCUGUAGAUAAUGGAGGGAGACUGGAAUGCAGGGUCUCUGAGUAGUAGAGUCUAACUUCUAUUAAAGACCUACUGUGUGUCAGACCUUGGGUACUUUGUGGAGUUUACCUCAUAGGUAAGAAAACUGAGGCACAGGAUGUAAGUGGUCAGGGUUACAAGAGACAAGAACAAGCUUUGAACUGAGUUAGUGCCCUCAGCUCUUGGGCAGUGACACUGGCACAGAAUUUUGGUUGGGGACUUGUUGGCCACAGAGUCAGUAAAGUAAAAUGAGACACAAACCUCAGAAUGGAGGUUUCUGGCCUUACUCCAAGACAGGUGCUGAUGCUGAGCCCUGGAACUAAUGUCCUUUGUGAGGUAGCCCUGGGAGCUGGUGCCAGGUUCUGUCCUGCUGGGGGAGGGGCAGGCAGAAGCCGCAGCAAGGACUGUGUAGGAGAUGGUUCUUGCCAUGCUGGGGGCUCUGUACCCCAGGGCUGGGCUCAGUUUCUUCCUUUUCUACUUCAUCCUGGCAGGUGCACUCCUUCGCCCUCAGCCCCAGAGGUCUCAGCGAUCUAUUCCUGAGGAAUUUUCAGCCCCCCUGGAACUUUCCCAGCCACUCUCCGGCCUGGUGGAUGACUAUGGGGUCAGACCCAAACACCCGUGGCCACGAGGGCCCCAACCCCUCCUCUCUCAGGCCCAGCAGCGCAAGCGAGAUGGGCCCAACAUGGCUGACUAUUACUAUGAUGUAAAUCUGUGAUGGGAACCCCACAUAAAGCUA